AUGUGGAACCAAGCGUACCGGAAGACUGACGUGGAGGCCGGAGUAGGACCGAGUCCGCUCUACCCGAUGAUGCUUGAGAGCCCCGAGCUCCGGUGGUCCUUCAUUCGCAAAAUCUACUCGAUCAUAGCCAUCCAAUUGCUCGUCACCAUCGCCGUCGCCGCCACUGUCGUUUCGUACCGUCCCGUCGCUCAUUUCUUUGUCAGCACCAGUGCCGGCCUUGCCCUCUACAUCGUCCUCAUCAUCUUGCCCUUCAUCGUGCUGUGCCCGUUGUACUAUUACCACCAGAAGCACCCGGUCAAUUACCUUCUGCUUGGAGUUUUCACCAUCUCUCUUGCCUUUAUAGUCGGCUUGACAUGUGCGUUUACUAGCGGGAAGGUCAUUUUGGAGUCUGUGAUUCUGACGGCUGUGGUUGUGCUUGGUCUCACCUUAUACACAUUUUGGGCUGCAAAGAGAGGCCACGAUUUCAACUUCCUGGGACCCUUUUUGUCUGGAGCUAUACUGGUCCUAAUUGUCUUUGCUUUGAUUCAGGUUUUCUUCCCCCUGGGUAAGAUCUCUGUGAUGAUAUAUGGGUGCUUGGCUUCGAUCAUAUUUUGUGGCUACAUUGUGUAUGACACCGACAAUCUGAUUAAACGCUACUCCUACGACGAGUAUAUUUGGGCUGCAGUGUCCUUGUAUCUGGAUAUCAUCAACCUUUUCCUCGCUCUGCUCACUGUUUUCAGAGCUGCUGAUAGUUGA